CCCCCUGCAGUAUGACCUUCUGUGGUAUCGGGGCCAAUAAGUACGUGGAGGCCAACAUUUCCCAGAAGUCUCGGACUACAGUGAAGUACACGAUGAAGACUCUGGCCAGCAUCGCUGAGACCAUCAUCUUCAUCUUUCUGGAUCGCUCGCGGACAGAGUGGGCUGGGACUGGGCCCUGGGUGUCCUGCACCCUCAUCUUCAUCUUAGAUCUUCGCCAGGCCGUUGGUGUGAUUGGCCAGACCUGGGUUCUGAACCGAUUCCGCCUCGUCCCAUUGGAUAAGAUCGACCAGGUGGUGAUGUCGUACGGCGGCCUGCGGGGGGCGGUGGCGUUCGCUCUGGUGGUGCUGCUGGACGGCCAGCAGGUCAAAGCCAAGGAUUACUUCGUCGCCACGACGAUCGUGGUCGUCUUCUUCACCGUCAUGUUCCAGGGUCUGACCAUCAAACCUCUGGUAAACUGGCUCAAAGUGCCUCGCUCCACCAGCAGAAAGCCGACCAUCAACGAGGAGAUACACGAGAGGGCCUUUGAUCACAUUCUGACAGCAGUGGAGGACAUUGCAGGACUGCAGGGAUACCACCACUGGAGAGACAAGUGGGAGCAGUUUGAUAAGAACUACCUGAGUAAGCUGCUGUUGAGGAAGUCUGUGUACAGGAAGAGUGAACUGUGGGAGGCCUAUCAGAAGAUCAACAUCCGGGACGCCAUCAGUGUCAUCGACCAGGGGGGGAACGUCCUGACUUCAGCCAGACUGUCUCUGCCCUCGAUGGCCAGCAGGGCCUCGUUCCCCGAGGUCACCAACGUCACCAACUACCUGCGAGAGAACGGCAGCGGGGUGUGUCUGGACCUCCAGGUGAUCGAUAAUGUCCCCGGAGCCAAAGUGGAAGAAGACUCGGAGACACACCAUGUCCUCACGGGGAACCUUUACAAGCCCAGGAGACGGUAUCAGUCCCACUACAGCCGUCACUUCAUGCCUCUGGGGGAGAAGGAGCGCCAGGACCGGGAGGUGUUUCAGAGGAACAUGAAGAUCCGCAUGGAGACGUUCAAAUCCACCCGACACAAACGCCACAAGAAGGAGCGCAGCCUCAAGAAGCGGCGAGGAUCAGACGCCAAGGAGGACGGCAACGACAAACCCCGACGCAACGUCAGCUGGCACGACAAGAAUCCGGUGGUGGUUGCUGUGGAGACCGAUGAGGACCGAGCUGAACAUUCAGACCCCGAGAAGGAGGAAGACGUCGGGAUCACCUUCGUCGCUCGCAAGGUGGAGACGCCAAAACAACCACCCAAAUCAGCAGCUGUGGACGGGAGUCAGAGUCCCUCCGCUGACCCCCCCUCCCCCCCCAGCGGUGACAGCAGCCACCUCCCGUGGAAGGCGAGCGUGGGCUCGCCCCCCCCCUGCGUGUCGGUGGAGGCGACUAAGAUCAUCCCGGUGGACCUGCAGCAGGCCUGGAACCAGAGCAUCUCGUCCCUGGAGAGCAUCUCCUCGCCCCCGGCCCCCCCCGAGCCGCUGCACCCCCGCGUCAGCGCCCUGGCCAGACUGGGGGCGCCACGGCCGGCCUCCUACACGCCACCGGGCAGCGCUGCCGGCAGCGCCGCCGGUAGCGCCGCGUCCAUUGCUAUCGGAUCACAGCUGCCACAGGGCUCGUUCUGCUUCCCCGAGAGGAAGAAGAAAGCGGAGGAGGAGGAGGAGAAUGAGGAGGAGGAGAAAGAGGAGGAGAUGGGGGUGCAGGAGCUGCAGCCCCUCAUGGCGUCUCUGAGGCCGCCGGCGCUGCCUCCGGCGCCGCCCGGCCCCACGCCAACCACCGGGCGGAGGAGGAACCCCUGCGUCUACCUGAGGAGCCUGGUGACCACCCCACAGCCAGGCAGUGGAGAGCUGUACAGCAGGGGGCCCACACAGCUGUAACACACAUACACACACAGAGACACACACAUACACACAGAGACACACACAUACAGAGACACACACACACACAC